UUGCAACUGGUUGGUUGCCGGUUUUGGACGCUGCAAGUCAUCCAGAUCCAUGAAGUCAACAGAAAGCAUGGAGUUUGACUUCUUCAGUGAUGGAUCUUUAGCAUCUACUAGUGGGCAACCUCUGUCAUGAAUAGAUUAAAAACAAACAAACAAAAACAAAACAAAAAAUAAAAUUUUAUUGUAUAAUUCACUACCACUUAUUUCCAAGUGUGACAUGCACAGUUAUACAGUAUAUAUUGUUGAGUUGUACUUUUAUUGUAGAUAUUUUAUACGCUAAAUAUCUGUGCGUAUAGUAGAACACACUAAUGCACUUGCCUUCCCUGACUGUAUUUGAACGCACCUCGGUAGAUCUCCGUAUUCAGCACACAGCGUGUCUCCGCGGCCAUGGAAACACAUUGGACCAACAGACCGCGGAUUUUAUCCAUCAAAAGGACCAGGCGCUUUCAGGGCACAAGAAGCUAAGCUAAAGUGAAUGAAAUAGAAUGAAUAUUGCAGAUAUUUGUGAUAAUGCCAAGAAGGGGCGUGAAUAUGCUCUUCUGGGCAACUAUGACUCCUCCAUGGUGUACUAUCAAGGAGUUAUUCAGCAGAUCCAUAAGCAUUGUCAGUCACUCAAAGAUCCUGCUCUCAAAGUCAAAUGGCAACAGGUAAGGCAAGAACUAACUGAGGAGUACGAACAAGUCAAAAGCAUCAUGGGAACACUUGAGAGCUUUAGGUCUGACAAACCAGUUGACGUCCACACACCCCAGUCAGAAGAGAGAUGUGAGGAUCCAGCUGUGUGGCCUCCUCCCACUCCAGCAGAGCACAAAAACCCUGUUCCUCUUAAGAGGCCCAGCAGCGGUGUAAAGCAACAGAAGAAGGACUCGCCUGCUCUACAGCAUCGACCUGUAAACCGUGGCCAGGACAGACCAAAACCUGAACGACCAGGAAACAGAGACGCCAGAGCCAAGUCCAAAGAAGAUAAGCCCAUAAAGAAGGCAUCUUCUGACGCACAAGGAGAUGUAGAGAAAAGAUUUGAUGGCACAGGAUAUGACAGUGACCUUGUGGAUUCACUGGAAAGAGAUAUUGUGUCCCGAAAUCCCAAUGUUCACUGGGAUGACAUUGCUGACCUAGAAGAUGCUAAGAAGCUGCUGAGAGAAGCAGUGGUCCUGCCCAUGUGGAUGCCAGAUUUCUUCAAGGGCAUUCGUCGCCCCUGGAAGGGUGUAUUAAUGGUAGGCCCUCCAGGCACUGGCAAGACCAUGUUAGCCAAAGCUGUAGCAACUGAAUGUGGAACUACUUUUUUCAACGUGUCAUCCUCCACCCUCACGUCCAAAUAUCGGGGCGAAUCAGAAAAACUUGUCCGCUUGCUGUUUGAAAUGGCUCGGUUUUAUGCACCAACUACAAUCUUCAUAGAUGAAAUUGACUCAAUAUGUGGAAGAAGAGGAACAUCUGAUGAACACGAAGCCAGUCGCAGGGUCAAAUCGGAGCUGUUGGUUCAAAUGGAUGGUGUCGGGGGAGCAAUGGAGAAUGAUGACCCUUCAAAGAUGGUUAUGGUUCUGGCUGCAACAAAUUUCCCAUGGGACAUAGAUGAAGCUCUCCGACGGCGGUUGGAAAAACGUAUCUACAUCCCCCUACCCACAGCCGUGGGUAGAGUGGAACUACUGAAAAUCAACUUAAGAGAAGUGGAGUUAGCAGAUGAUGUGAAUCUGGACCUCAUUGCUGAAAAGAUUGCUGGUUACUCUGGAGCGGACAUUACCAACGUUUGCAGGGAUGCUUCAAUGAUGGCUAUGCGUCGCCGAAUUCAGGGACUGACCCCUGAAGAGAUCAGAGCGCUGUCCAAAGAUGAGCUGCAGAUGCCUGUGACUAUGGAGGACUUCACUCUCACACUAAAGAAAAUCUCAAAAUCCGUCUCUGCUGCUGAUUUGCAAAAGUAUGAGGCAUGGAUGGCUGAAUUUGGUUCAGUUUAAAGACAGGUACAAAUGAAGAAAAAUGGAAGGUGAGGAAAUGAGUAAUCUGUCACAACAAAUUUAAAUAUAGGACUCACCACAUUUUGACUUGAUUAGAAAGUGAAUGUCCACUUUUAGUACUACUGGUUUAUAAUACUUGAAAUAGCAUAGUUUUUAAAAUAUUGUUGUACAAUAUUAAUUUAUUUAAAAUGUUAUAUAGACCUACACCGCGCCCCACAACGCCGCACCCCACACGCUGUACCCCACACUAACCUAAUAACCAUAAAUCCUAACCACGAUUCUAACCCCUAGCUCCAACCCUAAGGCUAGGCCUUACCCUAACCCUAACUCCUAACCUAACCCUGCCAUUUUUGUAAAUUUUUGCACAUUUAUUUAAAAAAAAUAUAUCAAAGAUGGCAACACAAUGUGAGAUGGGGUGAGAGCAUGUCACAAAUAUAUGUACCAAAUUUUGUGUGUGUGUGACAAAUAAAAUGUUAUCGUUCUAGCCAAAUUUCCUAGUGGGCACUGUUAAGUAGCUUUAGGGUAGAGAGUUUAAGAACAGAUUCAAAUUUCACUGAAUUUGUAAAAAUUCAAAAUUUCCAAAAUUCCGAAAGCUGCUUCUUCAGCUCUGGUGAUUUGCCUCCCAUCUACAACUCCAUCCUCAGACCUAAAUCAAAACUAAGAAAACAAUAGGGAUAGCAAGGUCAGGUCCAGAGGUGUGAAAGCACCCAUUAUGGGCCUGAAUGAUUAUGCUUGUAUGACCCCAUGCUCAGUGCAGUUCAGUAGAUGCAUCAAGAAUUUUGGACUUCCAGUCAUUGCGCAAUGCAUACUGGGAAGGAUUUUCCAAAAAAAGUGAGCAUCAAACCGCCAUGUUUGUUUUCCCAGUGGGAUGCGUCUAUUGACAAAGCCAGUCUUUUCUAGUCUUUUGAACCAUAUCCCUUUUGUUUCUGGUUCUGAUAUUGUCAUAUUUUAGUUUUGGGAUACGGACAUUGUAAUUGUGUGGUUGUUGGAUGUCCUAACACCGGAAAUCGGCUUGAGAAAUUUGUUUGCAAACUCCAUAAAUGCAAAAGGGAAUCAGAUCUGUGUGACUGCAAAACCUCUGUUCACACUGUUUCCCUUCCCAACGGAAUUGAAAAAUAGUGACAGACGAAGGCAAUGGGCAGUAUUGAUCCACAGGAAGGACGAAAAAGGUAACCUUUGGCUGCUUAAAUCAUCCUGAGUUUGCAGCAAACAUUUUGUAUGUGGAGCACCAUCAAAGCAAAAUCCCGAUCCCUCGCUCCACCUUGGUUACGAAUUUAAAAAGUCAACGCCAAAGCAAAAGGCACCAACUGUUCUUCAAGAAACACCUUCUACUGCAAAGUGACCAAGAUGUGAUGUUGCUGUAAAGCCACAAGAACAAGAAAGUGCGAGCUCAGCCUGUUUGUCUUCUGUACCUUUCGCUUAACAAACGGGAUCCCGCUUGAUGGCGCUCCACAUACAAAAUGUUCAAUGCAAACUUGUUAUGAUUUAGGCAGUCAAAGGUUACCUUUUUUGUCCUUCCUGUGGAUCAAUGCUGCCCUUCGCCUUCCACUAUUUUUCAAUUCUGUUGGGAAGGGAAACAGUUUGAACAGAGGAGGUCGGAAGUCCGAAAUGGCAAGACACAGUGAAAUAUUAGAGCAACUUUCUGUGAACAUUCAUUGAGUACGAGUACUAUGUCACUGGUCGCGGGUUUGCCCGCCAGCUGCUUGUCUCCAUGGAGAUGUUAUUGCAAAGCGAUGGUCAAAGCAUUAAUCAGUAAAGCUGAUUCACAGUAAAGCUGACAGCACUUAGCAUGCUAACACACACUUCCUUCAUAUCGGACAAUAAAAUGCAUGUCUCUACUUGGCCAAGACAUAUUUUGUACAAAUACACAAGGAAAAAUCUGGUAGAGGGCCUUAGCUAAAUAUUCUAUCUUUUGAAUGGUGAAAAAGUGCUCAAAAUGUCACCUAUAACAGGAAGAUGAAACAACUCUCCAUGAAGGCAAACAAAUCAUUGGCAAAACCUCCAAGAAAAGUUACAUUGUGCAGCUUUAAAAUUAGAGCAGGUUACAGGGUAAUAAGAAGGGUUUGUAGAGUUCUUCAUCCUCUGAGCUUUCUGAGGGCCUGGGGACCUCCUGGCUGGGCCUCUCACUGGACCUGGUUCUGGACUCCUUUCUGGAGGACUCUGGGGUUUGUUAAGGCUGCUCCUGAGUCUGAGUUUGGAGACACUGUAAGAGCAGAGAGAUCACUGUAGUAAAUGUGUGGUACAACAGUUGAACCAAAAUCGCUGUUGGAUGGACAUAAAUUGCAAAUCGCAAAGGCUGCAAUUUUUUAAGUUCCAGAAUUUCCUCUACACACAAAAUAUACAGUCUUAUUUUGUAUAAAAACUGCACACCCUGUAGUUUAGAUCUGUACAAACAUACUCUGAAAUGUGAGCUGUGAGAGAGAUACCGUACCAGGGCGACAAGAUCCUAAUGUAAGUCAAUUGGAGCCAGGGUCAGAAGGAGCUGGAAGCACCUCCUGGCGAACUUCACACAGUGGCUAGCGCUUUAGCUACGUCCAUUCAUAUAUACGGUCUAUGAGCGUAAUUGAUAACGUGUCUGACUAUGGAUCAGAAGAUUCUAGGUUGGACUCCUGGCUAGCUCGCCACAUUUUUGGUCUUAUGUAGCAUAUACAGCAUGUAGAUGCUGGCCAAAAGAGGUACAAAGGGGUUAUUGUAGGCUAGGAGAGAAGGUAGGUAUCAGCUCUCAGAGGUGCAUAACAGUAAUAAUACUAGGAGACAAUAAUUUCAGUUUGUGACUGGUGCUGUGUAUUAACAGUGAUACUCAACUAACCAAUCAGCAGGGCAUGUCUUUAGUCCACAAAAAUGUUUGACAGCACCUAUAGCUAGUGAUCGCCUCCCGAUACCAUACCACUGUCAAGGUAUGUGUUUGACGAGGAAACAACAUUAUAACAUAGAUUGGAAAAUAGUGUCAUAUGGACCCUUUAAAUAUAAAUCUAUAAAGGGCUCUGGAGUUGGUCAUGUGGUCUUCAUCUUCACUGGUGGGACUUUAAUGGUCGCCGCUCUUACCUGAGCCAUGAGGUCUACACCCAAAGGAGCCCUGAAAGACAAACCAUGUGUGUCAGAUACCCUCCCAUUGUCCUAUAGUCCUGUGUGUCCGAUGCCCUCCUGUUCUACUGUAUGUUCUUGUGUCUCAAAUGCCCUUCCAUCCUCCCAUAGCCCUGCGUGUCAGAUGCCCUCCCAUCCUCAGGUACUUUUUUUUACCUCCGCCAAGGAGGUUAUGUUUUUGCCGGCGUUUGUCUGUUUUGUUUGUCUGUUAGCAACAUAACUCAAAAAGUUAUGGACCGAUUUUGAUGAAAUUUUCAGGGUUUGUUGGAAAUGUGAAAAGGAAGAAGUGAUUUCAUUUUGGGGGUGAUCUGAAAGAAAUCCUGGAUUCUGGAUCACUUUGAAAUUUUAGUUAACAUUAUGGUAAAUGGGGCCAAAAAUUUUGUUUCUCAAUAUCUCGGUUAAUUAUUGACCAAACCCCAUGAAAUUUGACUCAGGGAUGGACAAUGGGAUCCUCUUUCAUAUUCCAAAGGCUGAUCCGGAUCUGAUCCAGAAGACUGAUUUUAUCGCAAUUUAUAUAAAAAAUGGGGGUAGUCCUUGGCAGAGGUCUGCGCUCUCGUGAGUGCUUUUCUAGUUUUUUUUUUUCUGUGUGGUUUUGCAAUUGGUGCACUAGCCAGUAUUGAAACUUUUUCCUUAUAAUUGGAACUACUAGAAUUGGGACUACUACUGUAUGUCCAGUCCCUGUCAGAUGCCCUCCCAACCCCUGCAUCCCCAUAUUUAACUGAGAUUGAGAAUGAGAUUUGUCACAGUUCUGCCUUUUUGUUUACACGUUUUCCCCAGUCCAGUUCCAUUUCUCAGUUUGUUCCGGUCCUCCUUUUGCCACCUUCCUCCUUUCCCUACAGCUGCCUCUCAUUCCCUAAUCAGCCCAGCCUAGUCUUUAUAUACUCCUCCUGCUCAGUCAGUCUUUGCCAGAUUGUCAACCUGUCAAGACAUACAAUCAAGCUUUCUUUGAACCUCUUUAUCUCUGUACUCUGUUGUUUGCAUUUAGUGCAAUUCUGAUUUAUUUCCUUGUUGGUCUUACCUGCUUCUGUGUUUAUUUCCCUGCUUGUUUUCCAUUUAGAGUAUUUCCCAGUUUUUGGAUGAUAUUUUCGUUCACGUUUGAUAAUCAUAUAUUCUUUUGUUGUCAGUCUGAUUUAUUAAAUAUAAUCUAAACAUGUUUAUCAUUACUUGUUAAAGGACACUUUCUGUUAUUAAAUUAAGCCUUUGUUUGCCUGCAUGCUUGUGUGGCAUUUGAGUCCAAGUUACCUGCAUGAUAAGAUUUCAGUUUGAUUGAAAUCAAAUCAGUAAAAAAGAAAACCUUGUUUAAUAACAGAUGUUCACAUCCGGAGACAGCAUUCCCUUCUUUUUUCUGAAUCUCUCCACACUAUUCUUGGAUGAAAAUAUAAAAAGCAACAAAAUAAUUACUAUCAUAAUUUUACGUUAAGGAACUGUAUGUGGCCUGUACCAGUGUAUGUGGUCUGCACUAACUGGUGCUAAAAGAUAACUAAAAGCUAUUACAAUCACAACUGAUCUUGUGUUUCCAGAGCCUUAACCUGCAGACAGAGGACACAUCCAAAUGUUUCUCAUUCACAGCAUAUGAACAGGCCAUGCCUCAUGUGAAAGAUCAGAAACUCCAGAAUUCACUCACUGGGCUAGGGUUUGAGUUAGGGUUAUGGCUAGGGUUAGAUGUAAGCUUAACUUACAUUCAGGGUUAGGCUUAGCGAGAGGGUUGGGGCUAGGGGUUAGAGUCAUGGUUGGGGUUUAUGGUUAUUAGGGUUAGUGUGGCUGUGGUGUUUGAGGGGUGUGAUGUUUGCGAGUGCUAUAUUUGAUCUUCUUUUCUGUCCUUUACAAAAGAUUCUAAUCCUCACAGUAUGGAAAUAACCUGUUUACUUUGAACUGUAACUUUGUCCCAGGAUAUAUCUUUGCAUGGUCACCAUUUAGUUUGAACGACGCCUUGUCUAGUUUGCAAUGUCAACAGACCAUUAUACUCUUGGCUUAUGUUUUUAAUUGAAAUGCAAAGUAAAAUUUUUACAUGUUUUAAAUCUGGACUAUACUGUUUUCAAGCUGUUUUUGCUGUUG